AUGCAGGGCGAAAGGCAGUGUGGUGAUGUUUGGCGGGUGGACCACUGCUACUACCAGGGAGAGCUCACCUGCUUACCAUUGAUCCAAAUGGGCAACUGGCGUGUCCACAUGGACCACAUCUCCAUGAAAGGACAGGUUAUUGCUUGUUCUGGCAGCUGCGAGACUCUUGUUGACACCAGGACAUCACUGAUCCUUGGCCCAAGAAGACUCGUCAAUAACAUCCAGAAGCUCAUCAGUGCCACGCCACGGGGUUCCGAGCACUGCAUUUCAUGUUUUACAGUCAAUAACCUGCCCUCUAUUAUCCUCACCAUCAAUGGUAUCAACUACCCAGUGCCAGCUCAAGCCUACAUCCUGAAGGAUUUUAGAGGCCACUGCUAUACCACAUUUAAAGAGAACACAGUGAGUACCUUUACAGAGACCUGGAUCCUGGGUGACGUCUUCCUGAGACUGCAUUUCUCAGUCUUUGAUCAAGGAAAUGACAGGAUUGGCCCUGGCACAGACAGUGUAAAUGCUUGGAGGUGUUGA